ACUCAAUCCACUCCAGGCUCUCCUCCCUCCGCAUCUCUCCCUUCAACGUCUCUCUUGCCCAUCUUUCAUUCCCAGGAACACUCCCGUAUUCAUAAUGGCAAGGCUGUAUAUGUUCCUAGCCAUUAGUGCCGCGCUGCAUAUAGCCGUCCAAGGCGCUCCUACUACUCCUGCUCAGAGCAUUUGCAAUACUCCACAGUGCACUCAAGUCGCAAGUAACAUCCUCAAAGACUUGCGCCCCAACGUCGAUCCGUGUGUUGAUUUCAGCGAAUACACCUGCGGUGGAUUCUACGAGCGCGAGACCAUCCCUAAGGAUACAUACAAGUUUGGUUACUUCACCAUCCUGCAGGAGGAGAACAAUGAUAUCGUUCGCUCCCUCGUCACGGCAAGCGACCCCAGUGCUCCUAAACCUAGCAGAGACAACGGUGCAGAGAAGCGUCUUAUCCAAAAGAUGCAGAGCUACUACGCCGCAUGCAUGGAUGAGACCACGUUGGCCAAGGUCGGUCGCAAACCUCUCGUAGACCAGAUCCAAAAGCUACUCCAUGUCUAUCCUGUUGCAAACUCUGUUCUUCAAGGAAAGAGCCCCACGACACCUAAUGGAGCUUCGCCUGACACUGGCAAGAAGGCACUGUCCACCGUCAUUGGUCAGGCUAUUCGAAAUGGCCUGAAUACAUUCUUCGAGUUCUACGUCGACAACGAUGUCAAGAACCCGGACCGUCAUGUGAUGGUCAUCUACGAGUCUGGUUUGAGUCUUUCUGGGGGACAAUACUCCAAUCCAAAUGUGACCAAGGUCUACGAGAGGGUCAUUGCAGAGAUGUUUUACCUGGUCCAGGGAGACGAGCCCGCUAAUAUUUCCAGGGUCCCCGAUGUCUGGAAAGAAGUCGCCAAGGACGUGCUCGCGUUCGAACAGACCCUGCUUGAGCUCACAUCCGGGUUGGAGAGUCAGGAUCCCGAAGACAUAUACAAUCAUCCUUAUUCUUUCGCGGAUCUUACUAAGCGCACGCCCUCACUCGAUUGGGAGGUCAUCUUCAAGAACGCGUUCCCGAAUGAUGUCAAGGCCCCCAAGGAGGUCUUGCUCAAUGCUCCAGACUACCUUAACAAGUUGAACGCCCUUUUGGAGAAGACUGCGCCCAGGGCCCUGCAGAACUAUUUCGCCUGGAAUUUGAUUCGCACGUAUGGCAGCAACCUUGACACUAAGCGCCGCAAGCCCCUUGAGGACCUCAGUGGCUCAUUGAGCAGCUGGACCGCAGCGAUCACCCGCACCAAGACCUGUGUGACCCUUGUCAACAAGUAUAUUUACGACAUCACCGGCCAUUACUUUGUCCAGGCCACGUUCCCGAACAGAUCACGUACCAAGAUCAAUGAAGUCAUCGACACCCUCCGCGAGACCUACGUCAAAAGCUUUGAGUCCUACGAUUGGUUGGAUGACUACACCCGAAAAGGCGCCCUCAAGAAGAUCAAGGCGAUUGUCCAGAAGGUUGGCCAAUCAUCCAGCGGCCCCAACGACAACUCUAUCGCGUCCUUAGAUAGUUUUUACAAGGACCUCAAGGUCGAUCCCAAAGACCACUUUGGAAACCUAGCUAGAUGCAGUGCUUUUGAGACUCAGAAGCAGUUCCGACAGCUGCACAAGCGCGUCGACAGGAAGCACAUGGACAUGAGCGCGCAGACCGUGAACGCAUACUACAGCGCAAACACAAAUGAUAUCAACAUUCCGGCUGGUAUCCUGAGACCCCCGUUCUUCCACGUCGACAACCCCGAGUACUUGAACUACGGGUCCAUUGGAAGCGUCGCUGGACACGAGCUGACCCACGGAUUUGAUAACGACGGGCGCAAAUAUGAUGCCACUGGAGCUUUGAGAAACUGGUGGUCGAAUUCAUCGAUCGCAGCGUUCGAUAACAGAACGUCUUGCUUUGUGAAGCAGUACAGCAACUUCACUCUCACGGACGACAGGGGAACGGUGCUCUCGGUCAACGGAAAGCUUACUCUGGGCGAAAACAUUGCUGACAAUGGAGGCAUCAAGAAAUCGUUCGAGUCGUGGCAGAGACGUUACAAUUCCGACCCCGCCAGCAAGAAGUACAACAACCAAAGAUUGCCUGGUCUUGAGCACCUGUCUCCUCAACAGCUAUUCUUUAUCCAGUAUGCGCGUACAUGGUGCAGCAAAACACGUCCUGAAGCCGUCAAUAGAGAUCUUUCGAAUGUCCAUUCUCCCAGUAGGUACCGCAUCAUUGGCGUGGCCCAGAACUCGGAGUACUUUGCCAAAGCUUUCCAAUGCAAGUCCGGCACCCCCAUGAAUCCAGUCAAUAAGUGCAAUCUCUGGUAGAAGUGUCUCAUUGCAGAAGCUGACGAAAACAAAGGAUGUAGCAUACAAACGAAGCCAUGCAGGACAGGGUGCCUAUUAGAAUAGAAGAAUGCCCUCAAUACACAAAUUUUGUUCUACCAAACUGACGUUGAUAUCCG